UCUCUCUCUCUCUCUCUCAUGGUUCUUAUCUGAUCGAUCAACCUCUGCCUUUUUCAUGUCUUAGAAAUUACCUGUAAUUUUAUCAAUGCUCUCUGUGUGCCCUAUGUGAUCGAAAUCGAAAUCGUAGGGCAAGCAUAGAUUUGGUCUUAGGGUUUAUAAAAAUCUUUAUUUUGGUUAUUUUUGUGGUUUAAGUUUAGAAAUGGGUGAUGUAGCUUUGAGGAUAAUGAUGCCUAAUCCGAGAAAGCCUCACUUCUUUGCCUUCUUCUCUGCUGAUUUGAGCUCAGACCGGCUGAAAAUACCUGAGAGAUUUAUGAUUCACAUGGAAGGCAGAACAUCUGGGAUUGUUGUGUUGUCUGGUCCCAGCGGGAAUGUGUGGAAUGUUCACUUGAUAGAACACAAUGGUGAUUUGUUUUUCCAUUAUGGUUGGCCGGCAUUUGUGAGUGACCAUUCCCUAGAAUGUGGUGACUUCUUGAUUUUCAGAUAUGAUGGUGAGUUGCAUUUCACUGUGCAAGUUUUUGAUCAAACUGCGUGUGAGAAAGAAACCGCGUUUCAUACCCGAUGUGGUCAAAAUUCUAGCUACCAUGAAAAACUUAUCGGACGGAAAAGGGCCAGGGAGGAAGGAUGUGGACUUGACAGGUUAUUUGAAGAAUCAACUUCUUUCCAGCAAUCAACACCAUAUGAAACUCCGGGUUUGGAUGUUGUCAUAUACAAAGCAAAGCAAGCCAUCCAGAAUAAUUUGAAGGAUAGAGGUUGUAUGCAGAUGACUCCGGCACAUGAAGUAACUCAAUCAUUUAGCUCCUCUAAUCCUUACUUCAUGAGAAUCAUGAAAAGUUUCAACAUCAGUGGUUCAUAUACUUUGAAUAUUCCUUAUAAAUUUUCAGUGGCACAUCUACCGAACUGUAAAGUAAAGAUUGUCCUUCUAAAUUUGAAAGGAGAAAGUUGGACUGUCAAUUCUGUGCCAACUACAAGAGUGCAUACAAGUCAUACUCUGUGUGGAGGAUGGAUGGCUUUUGUACGUUAUAAUGACAUAAAGCUAGGGGAUAUGUGCAUUUUUGAACUGGUACGCGAGUGUGAAUUUCGUGUCCAUAUUCAAACUGGAGAAACGUCGGGUAAGUUGUGUGCUGGGCUGCCUCUGAAAGGUUUGUCAAAGAAAGUCAAGGGGAACUCUCCGAAAGUCCAUACAAAGAGCCUAAGGAAGAUAGAGAUGGCUGAAACAAGGAAACAUGGAAGUACAUCAAAAUCUAUUGCCAAAGGCACAAUUUGCGCUCAAACAAAAACAGCCAGUAAAAAGCUGGCUACUCGGAGGAAAAAAAGUGCUGUAGAUGAACUAGGGUCAAAAUCGGAGUUAAGAAUGAGGUUGACUCUUGAUGAAGAAAAGGCAACUCAAUCUUUCACUUCUAGCUUUCCAAGUUUUGUCAAGAUCAUGAAGAAGUUCAAUAUUAGUGGGUCAUAUACAUUGAAAAUCCCAUACCAGUUUUCCACAGAAUAUUUACCCAACUUUAAAACGGAGAUCGUGCUUCGUAAUUCGAAAGGGGAAUCUUGGACGGUGAACUCUGUUCCAGACUCAAAAGGGCGAGUGGUGCAUACUUUCUGUGGCGGGUGGAUGGCAUUUGUACGUGGAAAUAAUGUCAACAUCGGAGAUAUCUGCAUUUUUGAACUUAUUGGUAAGCACGAGAUGCGAGUAAACAUUUCUGCCGCUGAUCAGAAUGGGUUUGAUCAUCACACUGGAGAACCAUUGACUAAUGCAGUAUAGCUAGUGUAAUCUACCAGAAUUUGUGCAUUCUGACAUACAUGGUUCAAGCUCAACUAUCCAUGAAGUCAUUUGUAUGGCGAGUUUUUCUAUUUCCAAGUAUUCUGCUCUAAUCAUGUGUGGAUAGGUCUGGUAACUAAAUUCUCUCUAUGCGGACCUUUUCAUCUACAAGACUACCAGGCAAUCAUCCUUGUCUGUGAUGAAUGUGAAUAUGUUGAUCAAACUUAAAAGGAAA